AUGGGAAAGAAACGGUUCAGGUUAUCAGAAAUGCUGAUUCAAUGUUACUGCAACCAGCAUGCGUUAGCAAUAAUAAACGAAAUUAACCGUGACUAUGCUCUGUAUAAUGACAUGUCUGCCCCGUAUCAGGCGAUCGCGGACGAAAGCAUCAAAAGCAAUAUAACUUACACCGACAGAGGAUGGUUUAUAACAGUAGCAUUAGUCGUAUUAGUUUUUCCAGCUAUGGCCCUUGCUAGAAAUAUGUACUAUGAGUUUCAAGAUGUCAACCGAAAGUUUAUGGUGCACGAAGUAAGGAUACCGUUUGUGGUGGACGAUGACAGAUAUAAAUCGCCAAUGUACGAAUUUAUGUUUUUGUAUAUGGUUUAUUUCUGCUUCUUGUACCUGAUCGGAUUUUCCGGAUAUGACUCAUUCUAUGGCUUAUCCACGAACCACGCAUGUUUGAAAAUGAAAAUGUAUUGCAAAAUGUUCGAAGAAGCGUUGAGAGCAGACGUCAAUGAAGUACAAACAAGAGUUGCUGAAGUUAUUAAAGAGCAAAACAGACUUUACAGAUUCGUGGGGGAAACAAUAAUUUCUUCAGAUAGUCAAUACCAGAUUCGUUUCGAUUCUUAUACAAAAAUAUCACUUCUGUCGGGCGUCCCAUGUUUUUGUUCUAUUUUUGGGUUCGUCGAUAUCAUACAAAACACUUUUAGUAUUUGGCUUGGUUUAAUAUUGCUGGCGACGAUGAUACAACUGUGUAAUAUAAUGUAUAUAUUACUUGAUGGUGGAGGUUUUGAUUUAAAAUACUUAAUUUUUUGUAUUGGUAGUACCUUACACAUUUUCCUGCCUUGUCUAUAUUCAGCUAAAUUAAAAGAUAUGUCCUUAGAAACAGCGACAUUGAUAUAUUGUGGUGGCUGGGAGCAGAUACACCGGCCAGAAAUACGGAGAAUGGUACAAUUCAUAAUCGCCAGAUCGCAGGUACACGUGGAGAUAGUAGCUUUCAAUGUAAAAGUGUUUGAUAUGGAAUUGUUUGUAUCAAUUUUGCAAGCUUCGUAUUCGGUAUAUACACUACUACGGUCAUAA